GAAUACAAUCACAUUUACAAAAUCAACAAAAUUAUUUAAAUUUAAUUAAAAGCUCGCUAAAUAUGGAUAAAAAGGAGAUAAUUCAAGCUGUAGUGAUGGCAGAUAACUUUAGUGAUUGCUUUAAACCUUUCACAUCAUUCAAUUCACCUGCACUUCUACCUGUUGUUAAUGUUCCUUUAAUCAGCUAUGUCCUCGAAACGCUCAAUAGAAAUGGAGUGGAGGAAGUAUGGGUUGUAUGCUCAACAUUUGUCGAAAAAGUCAGAGAAUUUGUAAAAAAAGGCAUAGAUGAGCAAAUGACAUGGUCUGUUGGAAUGACAGUUCAAGUAAUGGGAUGUGAAGUGAGAAGUCUAGGUGAUGCAAUGAGAGAAUUGGAUGGUAAAGGAAUGCUACGUGGAGAUUUCAUUUUAAUGAAUUUUGAUACAAUCUCAAAUGCAAAGUUAAUUCCAUUAAUCAUGAAAAAGCAUAUAGAGAAUUGCAAGACAGAUAAGGAUACUGCCAUGACUGUUGUUUAUAAGAAGAUCAUGCCAGGACAGAGAACUGGAAAUGAAGUUUUAGUCGUUACAAAUAAACAGACUAGUAGAAUGCUUUUUCAUCAUCGAAUCCAUUCGUCUAUUAAGGAAGACAAGUUCAAGUUUCCAAUUGAAAUAUUUUUGGAUAAUCAGGAAGUAGAAAUUCAUCAUGAUUUAAUGGAUCCACAAAUUUCUAUUUGUUCACCUAAUGCUCUGCCACUAUUUACGGAUAAUUUUGAUUAUGAUACUAGAGAUCAAUUUAUUCGUGGCUUAGUCAUGAAUCAGGAAUUACAAGCAGCUUCGAUUUAUGUCGCACAAUUAGCAAAUGAACAAUAUGCAGCAAAAGUUAGUGAUUGGAUCGCUUACGAUAUGGUUUCACAAGAUAUUAUUAAUAGAUGGGUAUAUCCAUUAGUUCCAGACAUGGGAGUUUGCUUGUUAAAGCAACAAUACUUGUUCCUUAAGAAUAAUAUUUACAGAAAUAAUUCAGUUAAAACUGAGCGAAAUUGUGUGCUCAAAAAUGAUUUAGUUCUACAAGAAGGUUGUAAUAUUGGUGAUAAAUCUGUUCUGUCCCGAUGUGUUCUUGGAAAGAAUUGUACGAUUGGAAAGAACUGUACAAUUCAAAACACUUAUAUCUUCGAUAACGUGACAAUUGAAGAUAACUGUAUCCUCAAGAAUUCUAUAAUUGGAUCAAAUGUAAAGGUUCAUUCAGGAUGUUCAAUCACGGAAGGAAGUGUAGUUACUAAUGAUUGUGUCAUUACAACUAAGAACAUUAAAGGAUGGCUUAUACAGUCACAAAUUCCAGAACAAGAUGAUUAUUCUGUCGACACUUUUGAGAAACUUAAUGAUCAUGCUUAUAUGCUUAAGGAAGAGACACCACAAGCAAUUGAUUCAGAGGAUGAUCUAGACGAUGAAAAUAAUGACUGGCAAAACUAUAUAAAGCUUAAGCAACAAUCCCCACAUUAUGAAUCGAGUAAUUAUAGCUCAAGAAAUGAAAGUGAUGAUGAAGAAAAUGAAGCAGAAAUGCCACAAGAAGAUUCUCAUGUGUUCUUCACAGAAGUAUCUGACUUGCUUAAACGUGGGCUUGAAGAAAAAUCGGAUCCUGACAAUCUCAUUUUAGAAAUUAAUUCCUCUCGUUUUGCCAAUCACAUGCUGUUGAAUGAAGUAAAUUUUUAUGUCGUUAAAUCUGCUUUGUGUCUAACACUCGUCCAAGAAACUGUUGAUCCAUUAGAAGGAUUCAAGGAAGUCUAUAAACAUCUCGAAAAAGUCAUUAAGAAUUACAUAAAAGGAGAUUAUGCAAUGAUCGAUUGCCUUAAUGCAAUUAUCGAAUGCUGUGAAGAGUACGAACAAUCCAAGCCAAAAUUAAUGAAACUCCUUCAUUUCUUGUACAACGAAGAUAUUCUUUCAGAGGAAGUGAUUUUAUCAUGGUACGAAGAUAAUGAAGUCGAUUGGAUCAAGAGAUCUUUAAAGAAAUUCAUUGAAUGGCUUCAACAAGAAAGCGAGGAAUCCGAUUCUGAUUAGAUUAUUUUAAUGUACACAUAAUUUUUAAUUUUAAACAAUAAAAUAGCACUCGUGUUAAUGCAAGUUCCUU